UAUCACUGGGAGCCGCUGGUUAAUGUCAAGGAAAGCAGUAUGCUGUGAUGUCAUGAGUUUAGUUGUUCUAGACAUUUGGAAGGGGAAGGAGGAAACUAGAGACCAGUUGCCAUUUUUGAGUGGCCGCUGCACAUUUAAUGUAACAUCUUGUUUGGCCCUUGGUAUAUCAGAGAAAUAUUUGCAUACCAACCUUGCUAUAAGAAAUGAUUAACUUUUUAUAACGCCACAGAACUUGCUAAAUUUAGGUUUACAAUUUCACCUCUUUUUCACUUAUUAACUAAAUUGCUUUAAAGCUAAGAUUCUGUUUGUUGGAUAUUCCUUUUCAAAAUGUUUUCUACAAGAUAUCUCUCAAUUUUGCACAAGUCAGUUAGGGUUGACAAUGGCAUGUUUUGGUCUCUGGGCCAGUUAUCAGAUGUGCCAGCACUGAUAGACAGGAAAUUGCACUCAGGAAACAUGGUCUUAUUGCACAGCCAUUGCACAGCCAGGACUACGGGGCAUUUCCACAUGGACACAGAAAAACAAGAAACCACAGUGUUUCUUCUCUUGGUGAACUGAUGAUGAACCUUGAUGGCAGCAAACAUUAUUUUGCUGCCCUCUAUAAAGCUGCUGCAAAAAUUGUAGGGAACCCAUCAGAGAAUUCACACUCCAAAGGAAAAGGAGGGAGGGACAGAACAAGGAUCAGGUUUCAGGCCCUGCUGCAGCCACUAAGGAAGGAGCACCAUGUCCCAGGCUAUUCGGUACAGCUUCCUGAAGUUCAUACUGCUUGCUGUGUGUGGUUUGGAAGCAACUGCUGCUUUCCCCAAUGCCUCACCGCUGCAUAACACCAACUGGGGAAACACAGACCGCCUGCUGCACCUGUACACGUCCACAGCAAGGAGCAGCUUCCACCUGCAGAUUAACUCCAAUGGCCACGUGGAUGGAAGUCCUUCUCAAACCAUUUACAGUGCCUUGAUGAUCAAAUCCGAAAAUGCAGGCUAUGUAGUAAUAAAUGGUGUGAAGAGUGGACGCUACCUCUGUAUGGACAUUAAUGGGAAUAUCUUUGGAUCGCAUUACUUCAGUUCUGAGGACUGUACUUUCAAACACUGGACCCUGGAAAAUGGCUAUGAUGUUUAUCAGUCUCCCAAGUACAAGUAUUUGGUCAGCCUGGGAAAAGCUAAGCAACCUCUAUUUCCAAGUAUGAAUCCACCACCUUACUCCCAGUUCUUGACCAGAAGGAAUGAAAUUCCUUUGGUCCAGUUCAACACACCAGAACCUCGCAGACAUACCAGAGAUGCCAAUGCUGAUCCCUUGGGCAGUUUCAGAUCAGCUCCGGAGUCACUACAACAAAGCGUUGGAAGUAAUGCAGACCCGGAAAAUACAUUUGGCGGCAGUUUUCAGAGUCCUAGAAGUUCAUAAAAGAAUGAGAUGUGAAUGGUAGUAAUUUAAUUCUUGUUCUGAAGCAAAACAUAACCUGAACAAUUAUUUGAAAGUCUCUGUUGAACCUAAACUAUAAUGGACCUUAAAUAUUGUUUCAAGUCAACAGUUCAGAAUAAGAGUUCAAGCAAAUAAUAAUGAUAAUAAUACUUGGUGGUGGCACAUUCACUAGCCCCAGCCAGAAUGAAUCAUGAGCACUUAAAAAUCUGGGAGGAUUUUUAUACAUUUUUUUGUUUACCCAGGUUUCCAUACACUGUCAGCUUUUUAAAGCUAUAAUGCACCACAGGCUGGGUAAAGAUAGCAGGGUUGUGUUUCAUAGAGUGUCUUUCCCAUGCUACAGCCAGAGUUUAACAGAGUUUAAUAGAGAUGUAGCUCUUAAAGCUGUUGUUGAAAUCUUCUCUGGUCGCAUUCUCAUGUAACGUAGAACCCCAGUUGAAAAGGCCUGCGGUUU